CAAUACGAAACGUCCGACGAUCUCAUUGCCAUGCGCCUCAAUUACUGACGUUAUUGCGUGUGCCUUCGUUGCGUGCAGCCUAUUAAACUAACUUUUACUGUAUGUUUCGUUGCAGCUAAAUGGCUCCAGUCAGCGAUGUUGCGAAGCGACCAGUUCCAGAAAGUGAACUCCGAACUUGGGGUGAUUGUUUGCUUGAUCCCUGUGCCAAAUUAGUUGACCGAGCUCGAGCCCUGUGGGGAUUGAGACAUGCUAACGAAUUGUUGGCGGUGGACCUGAUAGCCAAGUUCCUAUGUGAGACAGUUGAGCCAUCUCCAGCGGCUAACGCUUUGCUUCAACAUGAGGCCGCAUACUGUCUUGGACAGCGCAGGAAUCCGGAAGCGGUUCCGUAUCUUAUUCAAGCUGUUCAUGAUUCGCGACAUCCUUCCGUUGUGCGACACGAAGCUGCUGAAGCUUUAGCUGCCCUCUGUGAGUUGCCUGGUGUCGAUCUCGAUUCAGUUGAACAAGUCCUGUCAAAGUUCGCUGCGUCUGAUGUAGUCGAACUAGCGGAAACGUGUCAACUUGGUCUCGGUCGCCUGAACUGGUUGCGACAACGAUCUGGCUGUCCACCCAAACGGCAGAUUGCCAAGGAGGUAUUUCCAGACACAGUCGACCCGGCUCCGUCAAUCGAUCCAGAUUUUCGUGAGGAUGCUACUGUUUUACGUGAUAUUAUGAUGGAUCCGGGCAAAUCGUUAUUCACGCGUUAUCAAGCUUUAUUCAGUUUGCGUGACUGUAUUCUUGAGGCCAAGUUCGAACCUUCCGAUCGACUAUGUUCGGCAGAUGCUUUGGCUACCAUGUUGGCUGAAGGAUUGCAUGCCCCUGGAAGCGCGCUCCUGCGUCAUGAGGUUGCAUUCGUUUUGGGCCAGUUGUGCAUGCCGGUCACGGUCCCAGAUUUAGCCGAGAGCUUACAACUGACCAGCGAACAUCCCAUGGUCCGUCACGAGGCUGCCGAAGCUCUAGGUGCUGUCUUGGGACAUAUUAAUGUGGAUUCUACCGAUGACAAUCACCCUAACAUGCACGAGCCUUUUGCAUUGGCUGCUCGUUGUGUUCUCCAAGAAUAUUUACAUGAUGAGGAACCUUUGGUUCGAGAAAGUUGUGUCCUCGCCCUUGACAUUGCGGACUACGUCUGUUCGAAGGAUCGAUUUCAGUAUGCUGCAGUUCCAUCGGGCUAAUAAACCUUUUCUGUUUCCCAGCCCAACUGUAAAUUCCUAUUUUGCGACAUAACCUUUCUUGUUUUGCGCUAUGAAAAUUAAUCUGAAGAAGACGACCACUUCUAGUUCGG